UGUGCGUUGCGAGAUUAAGCAGCGAUUUUUAGAAGGUAUUGAUCGGAACGAUACAUUGAUCAAUAAAUCAAAGAAUACACAACGUCGACAUAAAUUCCUCUGCUUCUAAAAAAAAAAAAGCGUAUCCCGCAAUGUACGCAUGCUAUAUAACUGGAUUAAACAGCACGGGGCGAUGCGUUCAAAAGAAACGUAAAUUACAACCAUCUCGGAUGUAUACGUGACUAUAGAUGUAGAGUGUUAUUUAUUAUUGGUGCCAUUGUGGAGCAGAUUGACUGACCACCGCUCCCCCGCCUCCAUCCCAAAGCUGUCAUCCCGAGCGUGUUCGCCUCGCAAUCCCUAAACGGCCGGAUGGUGAGAAGACGUGCGCUGCAACAUGGUGGCGUGAGUGACUUCCAGUGAGGGCAGACAUCACUCUCCCGAGGCUGGGAGACAUCCACUUAGCUGGGGCAAGUGGGGGCGACGACGUCAGACAACCACUGGAAUCUGUGACAUAUUCGACGCGGAGGAACCUCAAGAGUGAACAUACGGACGGAGACUUUGGAGGCGAGACACGGCGGCGGUUUUCCACCCCCUUCUUCCCGUGUUGUCGGCAACAGCGCCCCCCUGCUGCGGAGCACAGAGUCAGGAGGCAGCAGGUGCAGCUGACGCAAAGGCUUUCUAGCAGGCAGGGCGAGUUGGGGCACCCAGAGGGAGAGGAGCCGCGGGAACUCCAGCAAACACUGGAUCAGAACUCUCAGACGGGACGGGUUUAGAGGGAGACUGGACCUGAACCAAAGCACUCAACAUAACUUUGCCUCAGCCAUGUAUGUGACCUAUCUGGAGUUAAACUAUGGAAAGCUCUCUGCACCCACCAUUACUAGUCUCCAAUCUUUGGACACAACCCCAAAAGCUUAGUUAGCGGCUGUGCUCCUCCCCUCUAGUUCUUUCCGACCAGGGGACAAAGAAAAGGAGUGUGCCUAUCUAAGUCCUCCACACACGUGCAAUUAAUAUAAAAAAAAAAAGUUUUUUGUUCCUGUGUGCGGAGUGAAACCAUAUCAACAUGGAUCUGGAUUCAUACUUGUGGAUGGUCAUUUUUGGCUUCAUCAUAGCCUUCAUUUUGGCCUUUUCCGUGGGCGCCAAUGACGUGGCGAACUCCUUCGGGACAGCGGUGGGGUCCGGCGUGGUAACGCUGAAGCAGGCCUGCAUUCUCGCCUCCAUAUUCGAGACGCUGGGCUCUAUGCUGCUGGGGGCCAAAGUGGGUGAGACCAUCCGCAAAGGCAUCAUUGAUGUCAAUCUGUACAACGAGACGGUGCCUGUGCUCAUGGCAGGAGAGGUCAGCGCUAUGAUCGGCUCUGCAGCGUGGCAGCUCAUUGCCUCCUUCCUCCGACUGCCCAUCUCCGGAACUCACUGCAUUGUGGGCGCCACCAUCGGCUUCUCCAUGGUGGCCAUUGGCACCAGGGGCGUCCAAUGGAUGCAGCUGGUUAAGAUCGUGUCGUCUUGGUUCAUCUCCCCCUUGCUGUCUGGACUCAUGUCUGGAAUCCUCUUCCUUCUCAUCAGGAACACCAUCCUCAAUAAGGAAGACUCUGUUCCCAAUGGCCUGCGCGCGCUGCCCCUCUUCUACGCUACCACCAUUGGGAUCAACACCUUCUCCAUUAUGUACACCGGAGCACCAUUGCUCGGGAUAGAGAUGCUACCGAUCUGGGCCAUAUUUCUCAUCACCUUGGCCGGGUCGCUGGUGUGCGCGGCUCUUGUCUGGUUCUUCGUCUGUCCAUGGAUGAAAAGGAAAAUAGCAAGUCGUUUAAAGAAAGAGCAGCAGGCCUUCUCCAGGAUCUCCGAUGAAAGCCUGGAUAAGAUCCCCGAGGAGGAGGAGGAAAGCCCCGUCUUUAAAGAGCUGCCCGGGGCCAAGGGGACGGAUGAGGCCGUGCUGCCGCUCACAGGAGGCAGUAGCGAGAGGAAUGCUCGCACCUCCAACAGCGAACUCGCCAACCUGGCCAACGGAGGCACUGUCAUGCCCAACGGCAGAGUUUAUGGUCGCACCCACUCGAUGACCAACGGCUGCCUCAAGUCGCCAGUCUCCAACGGCAGCUUCACCUUCGACGGCCACAUGCGCAGCGACGGCCAGGUGUACCACACCGUACACAAGGACUCGGGUCUGUAUAAAGACCUGCUGCACAAGAUCCACCUGGGCCGCAUGGACGACAACGAGCGGCCGGGCGCCAGCGCGGGCCAGCCCGACAACAACUACCGCCUGCUGCGCCGCAACAACAGCUACACCUGUUACACGGCGGCCAUCUGCGGCAUGCCCGUGCAACCGCUCAUGCGCACCGAGUCGCGAGACGACAGCGAAAAGCUGGUGGGUGAAGGCGGCGGCAUCCGCAGCAACAGCGUGUCCUACUCCAAGAAGCGGGUGCGUUACGACAGCUACUCGUCCUACUGCAACGCCGUUGCUGAGGCGGAGAUUGAGGCAGAGGAAGGCGGUGUGGAGAUGAAGCUGGCCACCGAGCUGGAGGGGGUGGAGGAAGAAGGGGGCCCCGCCCCCGAGCCCCUAGAUGACUUGGCUGAGGAGGACCACGAGGAGAAAGACAAGCCUGAGGUCUUCCAGCUUUUCCACUUCUUGCAGAUUCUCACUGCCUGUUUCGGCUCCUUCGCUCACGGAGGCAACGAUGUCAGUAAUGCCAUCGGACCUCUGGUGGCGCUGUGGAUGAUUUACGACCAGGGAGGUGUGAUGCAGGACGCCGCAACUCCCAUCUGGCUGCUGUUUUAUGGCGGCAUAGGCAUCUGCGCGGGCUUGUGGGUGUGGGGUCGCCGGGUCAUCCAGACCAUGGGGAAGGACUUGACUCCCAUAACCCCCUCAAGGUGGGCUCUGUGGUGGCGGUCGGCUGGAUCCGCUCCAAGAAGGCGGUGGACUGGCGCCUCUUCCGGAACAUCUUCCUGGCGUGGUUCGUCACCGUGCCUGUGGCGGGCCUGUUCAGCGCCGCCGUCAUGGCCGUGUUCGUCUACGGCAUCCUGCCCUUUGUGUGACGCGGGGGGGACGUGGCCGGGAGGGAGGGAUAACGAAAUCAUGGAGCACCCGAGAGUCUUGAUAGUGCAGGAAGACAGGAAUGACGAAAGGUCGAAGGUGAAGAGAAGGGAUGUGAGGAGGGUUGGUUCAGAUGCUGCCUGGCUAAAUUCAACCCUUCAAUGUCGUGCACUUAAAUCCUACAAAAAAAAAAAACAUGGCUGCUGUUCACUCUGUGAUUAUUAAUCCAACAUGCCAGAAAGCAACUGUACAUAUUACUAUUAUCAUUAUAUACAGCAACUGUUGUCUUGCUUCAAAGUGUGUGGUCAAUCAACCCAUCUCACUUCCCCCUCAUGCUGGCCUGCAAGGUACAAGGGAGGGAAGGCAAGGCGCCUCAGUAAGGGCCGACGAGACUGUCGCUCUGCUUUUUAUGUUUCUUUUUACAUCAGACCGUACAAAAACCUGAUUCACUACAGAGUUAAUUUGUUUGUAUGGAUGGCUUGUUUUUAAAUGUUCUGUACCGUAAUCUGUACUGUAAAUAGAGGGUGGAAACUGGGGGGUUGGGUGGGGAGGUCAUCACCAUGUCAUAUUCUGGUUUUAUUGCGUUUUUUGUGGCAAAUUAGAAACGAUCAUUCAUACAAAAUAUAUUGGUGUAGUACCCCAACAGUCCGCUAGGGGAUGUGCUGCGUCUCAGCUGCUCAAAUGAAAGGAAAAAGACAAAAUGUCGGCGGCUCGAGAGUUUAAAGAACAAGGCUGCACUUUUGAGACAUUUGACAUGCCAAAGUAAGAUACUCUCGUCACCACGCCGGCUUUUAAAAGUAGAAUUAUGGAGUUUAACACAUAAAAUUGACAUCUGCCUUUUUUGGGGGGUUUGGUCAAAUACCCGUUUGGUGUCAUAUGUGCUGUAAUGAGAUGCCUCAAACCCCCAAUAAUCCGUGUUUGUUUUUCCAUUUGAAACCAACACUAGAAAAAUCUGACUUUUUAAACAAAGAAUUUUAAAAAAAGUAAAUUGUUUGCGAAUCAGUUUGAUGGCUGCAUACACCCGGAAGUAGUUUGUACGCCGACCCAUCUGCUUUAAGGUUAUGGUUUUAAGUUUAUUUCCAGCAAGCAUACAGUUACAAUAUAUCACAUAUUUUUAUUUUCUCCUUACAACAUGUUCAAAAAGCAGUAGAAAGAAGCAUAUCAUUUUUAAUCUUACUUAUUUUCCAUUUCAAAGCAAUUAGUAACACAUUUGUUCACUUCCUGUUCUCAUUUCGUAACAUCAUUUAAAUUAUAAACAUUUUUCUUGUAUGGGAUUUGCACUUUGAAAAAAUGCCUAUCAACCGCAAUCCUUAUGAUCACACAAUUGCUUCUUAUUUUUAGGCAUUCUAACUAGUAAAUACAAUUCAGCUAACAAUGGAGACAAUGGGGAACACUCUCUUCUGCCUAUAAAGCGCUCUAAAAACACAUCCAAACACUUACAACGUUUUAUAUACAUGCUGUAACUAUAUAUGUUACGUAGACAUAAUAACAGGCAAUAGUUACACACUUUGCUAAUUCUUAGCAUAUGUGGGUUUAUUAAUUUCACAGGUGCUUCACAACGUUCACUAUUUCACAAAUAUUACUACUGAUGACAGACUUCAUGAGAGCCAACAAACAUAAUAAAACAAUAGCUUACUGUACAAUGCCUGCUCUCACUGGGAUUGCCAACACUAAAUGUUCCCUAGUGUGUGAAUGUGAGUGUGAAUGUUGUCUGUCUAUCUGUGUUGGCCCUGCGAUGAGGUGGCGACUUGUCUAGGGUGUACACCGCCUUCCGCCCAAAUGCAGCUGAGAGAGGCUCCAGCACCCCCCGCCACCCCAAAAGGGACAAGCGGUAGAAUUUUGGAUGGAUGAAUUGAUAAUCUGAUGACGUAUGAACAAGUGGUACAGUGUAUUUCUACAUUAAUACAAUGUAAAUAUACAGACACUAUUAGGUCAUAUAUUUUUACUAAACUGUAAGUAAAUGAAAUACAAAGCAAUAUUAUACAAAAUGUUCGAUCUAAACACAAAGUGUACAGGGUUUUACAUUAAAAUUCAGGCUCUUGCUCAGUGUCAUCGACUCUGUAGGUGAUGAAUUUAUGAGGGUCAGACGAGUUCUUAUGGUUUAUUUUAUCUGUAAACAACAAUAUAUAAAUAAUAAAUGUCAGUGUUUAUCUCAUGCCGACAACAUAAACGCAUCAGAUUUAGCAUUAACCUGUUAGCAUUAGCGUUUGCUUGAGACUAAUAACUACAUAAAUACACUGACUACUUUUACUGCAUAUAUAUAUAUAUAUAUAUAUAUAUAUAUAUAUAUAUAUAUAUAUAUAUAUACAUGUGUGUGUGUGUGUGUGUGUAUGUGUAUGUAUGUAUAUGUAUGUAUACAUAUAAUGAGUUUUCCUUGCCUUUAAGAAACUAGUGAUAUAGGGCUAUAUAAAUAAACAUUGAUUGAUUGAUAUUUACAUAUAUAUAUAUAUAUAAAUAUAUAUAUAUAUAUAUACACACAUAUACAUUUACAGUAUAUGUAGACAUGUAUGUGUAAAUAUACAUGUAUGUAUACAUAUUUAUAUGUAUAAAUUGAUGUGUGUAUGUAUGUAUAUAUGUAUUAUAUAUAUGUAUAUACGUAUAUGUAUAUAUAUGUAUAUAUGUAUUAUAUAUGUAUAUAUACAUAUAUAUGUGUAUAUGUGUAUAUAUAUAUAUAUAUUUACUAUAUAUAUAUAUAUACAUACAUGGAUAUACAUAUACACAAUACAUAUAUAUAAUAUAUAUAUACAUACAUACACACAUUAAUUUAUACAUAUAAAUAUGUACAUAUAUAUAUAUAUAUAUACAAAAAGCCGCAAAAGGCACGCAAUUUCUGACAACUUCUCGGUUGUAAAAAAAUUGCAUGCCUUUUGCUGCUUUCCAGACGUUCGUUGAUGUCACCAAAAGUCUCAAAAACCUGUUAUCGUGUGUAUUCUUAAUCGUGCUGGGUCCUCCUUGGUCAAUUUUGUCCAUCCAUCCAUCCAUUUUCUACCGCUUAUUCCCUUUCGGGGUCGCGGGGGGCGCUGGCGCCUAUCUCAGCUACAAUCGGGCGGAAGGCGGGGUACACCCUGGACAAGUCGCCACCUCAUCGCAGGGCCAACACAGAUAGACAGACAACAUUCACACUCACAUUCACACACUAGGGCCAAUUUAGUGUUGCCAAUCAACCUAUCCCCAGGUGCAUGUCUUUGGAAGUGGGAGGAAGCCGGAGUACCCGGAGGGAACCCACGCAUUCACGGGGAGAACAUGCAAACUCCACACAGAAAGAUCCCGAGCCUGGAUUUGAACCCAGGACUGCAGGACCUUCGUAUUGUGAGGCUGACGCACUAACCCCUCUGCCACCGUGAAGCCGUCAAUUUUGUCAUUUACCUUAAAGAUCAAAUCCACAUCAAACUACUUCUGGGUGAAAAAUUACGUUUACAUUUCUUUUUAUAUGUAAACACUUAAUUUUUGUGUGUCUGUGUAUAUAUAUAUGUGUGUGUGUAUAUAUAUAUAUAUAUAAAUAUAUAUAUAUAUAUAUACAGAAGUGGCUGGGGAGAGGGAAGUCUGGGGUUCCCUGCUUAGGCUGCUGCCCCCGCGACCCGACCUCGGAUAAGCGGAAGAAGAUGGAUGGAUGGAUGGAUAUAUAUAUAUAUAUAUAUAUAUAUAUAUAUAUAUAUCAUCGAUUCUCAUUUUUUAAAAAUCGAUUUAUUUUUAUUUUUUUAUCAAUCCAACAAAACAAUACACAGCAAUACCAUAACAAUGCCAUUCAAUUUCAAAACCAAACCUGACUCAGCAACACUGCAAUAAACAGAGCAAUUGAGAGGGGACACAAACACGACACAGAACAAACAAUAGUAGUGUAUCAAAAAUGAAUAUUAUCAACAACAGUGUCAUUAUUAGUUAUAAUUUCAGCAUAGCAGUGAUUAAAAAUCCCUCAUUGACAUUAUCAUUAGACAUUUAUAAACAUUUAAAAAAAGGAACAAUAGUGUCACAGUGGCUUACACUUGCAUCACAUCUCAUAAGCUUGACAACACACUGUGUCCAAUGUUUUCACAAAGAUAAAAUAAGUCAUGUUUUUGGUUCAUUUAAUAGUUAAAACAAAUUUACAUUAUUGCAAUCAGUUGAUAAAUCAUUGUCCUUUACAAUUAUAAAAGCUUUUUACAAAAAUCUACUACUCUGCUUGCAUGUCAGCAGACUAGGGUAGAUCCUGCUGAAUGAAUAAAGAAUCCUUUUAAAUCGGGAAAAAAUCGUUUUUCCGAUGUGAAUUCACACGAUUUUUUUUCGUGUUGAAUUGAAAAAAAAAUCGAUUUUGAAUCGAAUCGUGACCCCAAGAAUCGAUAUUGAAUCGAAUCAUGGGACACCCAAAGAUUCACAGCCCCAAUAUGUAUAUACUGUAUAUGUGUAUGUAUAUACAUGUGUAUAAAUACACGUUUAUAUGUACAUGCACGUGUAUAUAUGUAUAUAUAUGUUUAUUAAUAUGUGUACAUAAAUGUGUAUAUAUGUAUAUGAAUGUGUUUAUGUGUAUAUAUACGUAUACAUAUAUACGUAUAUACAUAUAUAAAUAUAGACAUAUGUAUAUAUAUGUUUAUAUGUAUAUGUAUGUGUGUUAUAUAUGUAUAUAUACGUGUAUAUAUAUGUACAUGUAUAUAUACGUAUUUAUGUAUACGUAUUUUUUUGUGCAUAUGUAUAUACCUAUAUAUUUAUAUAUAGGUAUUUACAUAUACAUAUAUUAUACAUCUAUACAUAUGUAUAUACGUGUAUGUAUAUGUAUAUAUAUAUAUUUGUAUGUAUUUAUAUAUACGUGUGUGUAUAUAUAUAUAUAUAUAUAUAUAUAUAUAUAUAUAUAUAUAUAUAUAUAUAUAUAUAUAUAUAUAUAUAUAUAUAUAUAAACACGGACAGGUUUUCGUAUUUUAGUGGUGGUUUCAAAUGAUAGCGGGGUUUGUCAUAUCCAAAACUUCAGCUGUAGUACAGUUCUCACAUUUUAUGUCAUGCAGAGCUAAGGUGGUUUCAGUCAUAUCUCAUUAGGUGUGUUGCUCCUCCAAACCUGCUGUUUGACACCGAGAAAUGAUCAAAAUUAGAUGGUACCUGACGGGGAGAACUGUUCAUCACCAGCUUUUUAAGAAGUUCACAUGACCCGUAGAUUUUGUUUAUCCGAACAAAAUCUCCUGUGAUGUAUUUUCCUACUUUUCCAUUGCUCACGAACAAAUCUAUGCUUAUGUAGCCACCUGCCUUUGUAACAUUGUUUGUGCAGAUGAUCAUGAAGUACUAUGGUGUUUACAUCGUAACAAUAUUGUCUAGAUGACAUGGAAACAAAACAAAAGUACAGUUGCCAAUGAAAGAGGAAGACUAUAAUUCACUGCAGUGAGUUGACGAAUAUUAAUAAUAGCCAGAAGUGUCUAGAGAAGAGUCUAACAAGUGCGUUGUGAUGACAUUUUUUGUUUUUCUAGCUGUAGCGCUAAUCACUAUGCUAAGAGUUUAUCUAGAGACAUUUCAUCAAAACGAUAUAUUUUUCUACAAUAUUUGAAUCCAAGGGGUUAGUGGGCACGCUGAUGGCGAUCACAAGGGUGUGCCACCACUUCUCUGCCACUCCAAAGUCCAGCGUGUCUUUGAUUAAAAAAACGCAUGAAUUGAAGGGGGUCGUCUGCCAAAAGAUUAAGGUUUGAAAACUUCCAACGUAUAUUUAAUUUUUUGAAAAGAGUUGUCGAUGAGAACACUUUGUAAUUUUGUUUCCCUGCUGCUUCGAGGGUGGUCGGCCAUUUUGCUAAAUUGUCAGUUAGGCGGAAAAUGAUAAGUAGGCUGUGUGUUUGGGUCCAUGCGCGUACGGUUACGGGGGGCUGUGGAAGCUUUUCAUUGGAAUUAUUUAGAUUUAUUAUCUAAGAUUAGCGUUGUUUGCAAGCGUGGGCUAUUACAACAUGGCAAACUCCCACUGCCAUUUCUGGAAACGAAGAAAUUCUUAUGGCCCCAUCCCCGGUGAAUUUUGCGUAGGAGGUUAAUAUUUAGCUAUGCAGUCAGUGAAGAAUGAAAGCAACUGAUGCUGCGGUCAAAAAACACGUUUUAAGAUAUUCAACACUCUACUACCAUCUGGCUAAGUGGAUAGUGCACCCCCCUAAUUUGUCAUGUUUCGUGUGUCACAUUAAAAAAAAAAAAUGGAUUGGACACUCGGAACUUGACCACAGUUAUUAUCAAAUGUAAACAAAAAAAUCGAUUCACAUUCAAAUCGUGAUUAGUUUUCUCAUUUCUAAAUCAGUAUCAAUAAAAACAAAAUAAUUAUAUAUAUAUAUACAUAUAUAUAUAUAUAUAUAUAUAUAUAUAUAUAUAUAUACAGUAUAUAUAUAUAUAUAUAUAUAUAUACAUUUCUAAUAUAUAUUGUAAAGUUCUGGGCUUCACGGUGGCAGAGGGGUUAGUGUGUCUGCCUCACAAUACGAAGGUCCUGCAGUCCUGGGUUCAAAUCCAGGCUCGGGAUCUUUCUGUGUGGAGUUUGCAUGUUCUCCCCGUGAAUGCGUGGGUUCCCUCCGGGUACUCCGGCUUCCUCCCACUUCCAAAGACAUGCACCUGGGGAUAGGUUGAUUGGCAACACUAAAUUGGCCCUAGUGUGUGAAUGUGAGUGUGAAUGUUGUUUGUCUAUCUGUGUUGGCCCUGCGAUGAGGUGGCGACUUGUCCAGGGUGUACCCCGCCUUCCGCCCGAUUGUAGCUGAGAUAGGCGCCAGCGCCCCCCGCGACCCCGAAAGGGAAUAAGCGGUAGAAAUGGAUAUAUAUAUAUAUAUAUAUAUAUAUAUAUAUAUAUAUAUAUAUAUGUAUAUAUAUAUAUGUAUAUAUAUAUAUAUAUAUACACACACACACACGUAUGUAUAUAUAUGUGUAUAUAAUUAUACAUAUAUAAUUUUUGUAUAUAUGUGUGAAUAUAUAUUUAUUCAAACACACACAUAUAUAUAUAUAUAUAUAUAUGUGUGUGUGUGUUUGAAUACAUUUUUAAAAACAAACUUUUACCAACCUCGUCACGUCCGUUGUGUCCUGAGCAAGACACUUCACUCUUGCUCCUGAUGGGUGCUGGUUGGCGCCUUGCAUGGCAGCUCCCUCCAUCAGUGUGUGAAUGUGUGUGUGAAUGGGUAAAUGUGGAAGUAGAGUCAAAGCGCUAUACAAGUACAACCCAUUUAUCAUUUUAGGUAAUCUCUGUGCAACCAGUAGAGUGUUUCUACCUUCAAACUUGUUUUGAAAAAAAAUAAAUUUUAAUUAUUUUUCCAGAAUUGAUUCUGACUCAAAUGGUCACCCAAGGAAUCGGAAAUGGUAUCGAAUGGUUAAGUGUCCAAAAAGUCACGCACCUCAUUACUAUCAUGAAAUAUUGGUUCAGAUUUUAAAGGUUUUUUACCUUGUUCGAAAUCCAGUGGAACCUCCAAAGUGGAAUAUAAGCCGUUCUGUGACGCUGGUUGACUUCUGAGUUUUGAAUAACAUUCUACCAUUUUUUAAAGUCACACCAUUCUAAACAGAAAGUAGAUAAAUCAGCUUCUCUAGGACUUAACAGGAUUUCUUUUUGCAAUUGUUGCGUCCUAAAAAAAUUGACUUUACCGCAGCCUUUUUCAAAGGUUGCCAUGUUUUGAUUUACAAUAACAUUAAAUUAACUUGUUGCCAAUGUUUUUAGGUGUUUUUUCUAACUUUAACUUAAAAAAACAUACGGUAAAUGCAAUAAAAAAAUUAAAACAUUUCUAUAUUGAUGUUUUCUUUGUUUUAUAGCACAUAGAUCAUUGUCAAAAUGACUGUACUGUUUUAAUCAUAAUUAAUUGUAUUGAAUUAUAAUCACAGAAAGAAACCAUCAAAGACCUAUUAUUGCCCAAAGUCAGCACUGUCGUUGAAGACAUUCUUUGUGUAUGAUUAACGCUUAUAAAGUCUUUGUCCAUCAAAAACAUCCAUUCAUGUUCCAGCACAUUUACCUCCGCACAUUUUUUUUUUGCUGAUAAAUGACAGAUGAUGUCACACAUCAACAUCUCUAACAUGUACACACUGCCUCUUUACUAGGUCAGCAUUGCAAAACAGAGUAUGUUCUCACUGGCAAAAGUAAAUAUUUAUAAAUACAUGUUAAGUCGGAAGUCAGGUGCUAAGGCUUAGCACCAUACACAGAAACAGAAUCAAUAAAAUGCUGCUAUUUUGUUAAAUUUUGUUGUUUCUGCUUUUCUGUAGAAUAAGCAUGUUUUAAACGGUUGAACUGCACAUUUGAGACUGAUAAUAAAACAAACACAACAGAGAGAAAGCACAAUCAAUACUGUCGCCAAGUGGCAAUUUAUAGGAACUGCUGUGAUUAACAUGUGUAGCAUGUAAGAAGCGUACAGAUGCCAGCUCACAUAUGUAAUUGUUUUACUUUCAAUUGUGCCACUUUGUUCAUCUUUGGAGGUUUUACUGGGCUGGAAAUUAUGGACAUUUUUAAUGUAACAUUUCAGCGCAAUUUUUUUUAACGCGCUAAUGCAAAAAGCUCUUAUGCAAGACAAAAUGUAGACAAAAUACAUAUUAUAGAUGUUUAACGUUAACAGUAUGUUUUUAAUGCUAUUGUAUUCCUUUUUUGUGGGAAUGUUCAAACAAAAAUAUUGCCAAAGAAAAUGUUAAAAAACCCCAAAAGAAAACAGAUAAAAAUGUGAAAUUCUUUGGCCUUUUUUAAAAAAAAAUUUAAAUCAUGGGACAAAUUAUGAGUGCUUUCACGUCAAACUGACAAUUAACAACAAUUUUAACAUUGUUGCACAAUAAUGAUAAAGUCAAGCGUUAUGUUGCAGUGCUCAUACGUGGCCACUAGAUGCUGAAAUUACCACCAGCGUGGUCACUACGUCCUACUUUGUUGUAUUACAGAGAAACUCGAAGGAUGCAACGUGCCAUUUUACUUCUGUCUGACUCGCAGUAGCGCCUAGCCGUGUAGCUCCGCCCACCUAGCGCCCCCUAGUGUGUGUGUGUGUUGCCAGCGGUUUAGGUCAGCAUGGCGUGCUCCGUUUUUAGUUUAGUAGUAGAAACACGUGUGCUCCUCUUCCUCAUGGGUUUUCAUAGCUCUGUGUUGUCUUUUUAAUGUUUGUGGCUACUUAGCCACAAAUACCAUAUGUGGUAUGAAAAAAUAAAAUCAUCAAAAGAAAACUGUAGCCUGCUUCGACAAAAUCUUAACGCUUACUCUGAUUUGCUUCUGUUGUAUGCUGUAAUAGUUUGUUUAAGAUUUUAGUGAGGAAAACAAUGUCUGCAUUUAAACUAAAUUAUGGGAAUUAAAAUUACAAAGAACAUA